GCUUGCACAUCGCACGCUCGCCUGCUCUGCCCCCGUUCACACAGGCCAUGCCCGCUUCGUCUCAACCUUCCACAGCCAGCAGCCCCAGGUUCCCAACCACCCCACCCCAAAUCCGCUUCCGUUCCACCUCGAUCCGCCCCCCCAAGGCCCGGAAAACCCCAGCCCACAGGUCCCAGCCCGCGGAGGGCCCGGCGGGCCUCAGCAGCAGGGGCUUCCUGGCUCCCUCUGUGGCGGGCGGGUCUCCUGGCACCGAGUCGCGGGCGCCCCUGGCUGACCCGGCUGCGGCCACCAGGCGGGACCGUCCGCUUCCGCGUGACCCGGCGAGGCGGCCAGCGCCUGCACGACCGCCUCCCACGCCCAGGCCGGGAGACGGCGCGGGCCGCGGAGAGCGGACAGAGCGCUCGGCCCGCCUCGUGGCUCUCCCGCCAUCGCCGCGGCCCGGCACCGGGGACCGCUGA